UACAUUCAUUUGAAAUGUGUAUGUGUGCGUUGUUCAGCCCGACAGGAGUUUACAGACUCUGAUCCAGACGACACAUCAGAGGAGCUGACAGCUGUGGUGUGUCUGGAGUCAGACCUGCAGGAUGGACAGAUGAUGGAAGUCGAAGUGGGACAUCGCAGCGUGUUGUUGACCCGCACUGAGGGCAAAAUCAGUGCCAUUGGUAACCAGUGUACACACUACGGCGCUCCGCUCAGCAAAGGGGUUAUUUCAGGCCACAGAGUACGCUGCCCGUGGCAUGGCUCCUGCUUCAAUGUUCAUACAGGAGAUCUGGAGGAGUGCCCCGGCAUGGACUGUUUACCCCGCCACAAGGUCAAAAUCCAAAACAGCAAAGUCUAUGUGUCCGUAAACAAAAAAACUUUCAUGCAGGAAAAAAGAAUAAAGAAUAUGGGAGCUGCAGUACCAGGAGUUACUCACACCAUUCUCCUGCUGGGAGGAGGGGCUGCAUCACUCAUGUGCGCUGAGACUCUUCGGCAGGAAUACUACAGCGGCAGGAUCAUAAUGGUCACCAGAGACGAACUUUUACCUUACGACAAAACCAGACUCAGCAAGGUGAUGAAUGUGGAGAGCGACAGUAUUCUGCUGAGGAGGAUGGAGUUUUUCCAUCAGUACGAUAUUGAGGUGUGGCUCAGGAAAGAAGCGCUGUCAGUGGACACAGACAAGAAGACCAUCUCUUUUGAUGAUGGUUCAGUCCAGAGCUAUGACCAGCUCCUCAUCUCAACAGGCUGCAGAGCAAAGGGUCUGGAUGUGCCCGGCAUGAAGCUGGACAACGUCAAGAUGCUGGAGACACCGGAGGAUGCCCGGCAAAUCCAUGCAGCCUGUCUCGGCUGCAACGUUGUCCUCGUGGGAACCUCUUUUGUUGGCAUGGAAGUUGCAUCUUAUUUGAUAGACAAAGCCUACAGUAUCACUGUGAUUGGCAGCAGUGUGCUGCCAUACCAGAACACACUGGGUCCAGAAAUUGGCAAAGUCACCAUGAUGAUGCUGUCAGAGAAAAAUGUGAAAUUCUACAUGAACGAUAAUGUAACCGAGGUCAAAGGUGUGAACGGCAAGGUGAAGGAGGUUGUGCUUAAAAGUGGAAAAGUUAUCCCAGCUGAUGUUCUGAUUGUCGGUAUCGGCAUCAUCCCUAACUCAGAGUUCCUGCGAGGCAGUAACAUACAGAUGGAUGCAAAAAACUUUGUUCCAGUCGAUAAGUACAUGCGCACCAACAUUCCCAACGUCUACUGCGGGGGCGACGUAGCAACCUUCCCCUUGGCGAUGGCCAAUAACAAGCGGGUCAACAUCGGACACUGGCAGAUGGCACAAGCACAUGGAAGGAUAGCAGCUCUGAACAUGCUGAAUAAACAGACUGAACUCAACUCUGUUCCUUUCUACUGGACCGUCCUACUGGGUAAAACCAUCCGAUAUGCAGGAUAUGGAGAGGGAUACACUGAGAUUGUGAUGAAAGGCAAUUUUGAGGACAGGAAGUUCCUGGCAUUGUACAUCAAGAAUGAUGAAGUUAUAGCGGCAGCAAGCCUGAACUAUGACCCAGCAGUAUCUGCAGUAGCUGAGAGGUUCACAGCAGGAAAAGUCAUCACGAAGGAAGAGGCUCAGUACGUAAAUCUGUCUUUCCGUCCUUGCUUGAGUUUAAUUUUGGGGGGGUUGUCCAUUAGAAGUCAGUGAAUGUCAAAGAAAACAAUGAGCGCCAUGCCAUGCUCCGUUUGUUUGCAACAGGAACAGUCUCGUAAAUAAGAUGCUGUUUGCUAACAAGUUAAAAGGUGACAAUAUCCUGUGUUCAGAAUUUGUUUCAGCUUGUUUGAAGGUCUAAACAACCUUCUGUUUUUCUCAAACGUUGUUUAUGUAUUCAGAUCAAAUGUUCAGCUCUGUGAUUUAAGUAUAAAAGCCUGUCUUCUCUUUCCUGACAGAUCAGACGAUCUGAGCUGGCUACACGUGUCCUGAUCUGCACUUUUCCUCUCCCCUCAUCUUCUCAACACAUCGUCUGUACAGUGUUGACAUGAAACCAGAAUGUCCUUCAUCUGUCUCUUCGUCACCAUCGCCGUAAACAAGGAUAAAGGCUUUGGACACGUUGGUGAAAGUGGAGGAGAGGAGACAGACUUCGCUCAUGGUGUCAAAAAGCAGCAGCCACAGUGAAGUUUAUAUUCACAGUUCAGUGUGUUGGUGCAGGUUGUGUGUGGAUGUAUUGGAUUUAAAUUGUACGUCACACAGUUGGGUGUUCAUGUUAGGGGAACUCCACCAUGUAAACAACAGAUACCUCAGAUGGAUGCAGCUUUUGGGACUUAUUUUUUAAUAUUUUGUAUUAUUUCAUUAGAUUUUACUCUUAUUUUAUAGCUUUACAUCUCCAGGGGGAUUUUAGAGACGUCAUAUUUAAGAUAUUUAAAAGGCAAUGUGAGCAGCCUUUUACCUGGACGGGGCUAUGGAAAAACACAAGUGACCUUAAUGCCCACUGCAGCCGUGUAGCGACGUGGUCUGGUCGGUGAGUCGGGGUAGGGGGUGGGGGGAUUAGAAGAACAGAGGGGGAGUGUCCAGCUCUUUGAAGCAGAGAUGCUGAAACAGGCAACGGCAACAAAACGCACCAACAGGGGAACAAUGAGCCUUCGGCAAACAGCACACAAAGGCAGUGUGAUAAAACCUUCACAAAAGAAAUGCUGCGUUUUUCUCUCUUUCCCCACUCUGUCUCUCUGCAGGUUUAUCACUGUCUUUACUUCACACCUCAACAUUUACAUUUAUCUCAGCAGCACGCUUCAUGUUCACUGUAUCCGGGAUUCAACUACUGAAAACUUUUCAAGGCCAGUACGAGUUACAGUAUUUUAGGAUUGAAUGUACCAUUGGCUUCUAUUUUGUACUAAGGUUUUAUGUAGAAGAUUUGGAACUUUUCUUUGAGGAUUCAUUGUUUUUUUCUUUUUCUUUUUUUCUUUUUAGAUCAUGUUAUGUGAUGUAUAUUGUCACAUUUCUGGAUAAUCAACUGAUAAAUUGUUAAAAGGAAAUGGAAAGAUAACCAUACCAAAACUCUUUUUAAAGAAGUUUUUAGGAUAAAAGAGCACAUUUAACACCUAGCAUCAAGUUUUUUCAACACAUUUAUGCAAAAAUUGUCGUCUAAAUUACUAAGGUCACAGAUCAUGGGCACAUUUUAUCACACAUUUUAUCUUCGACACCAAUUUAAAAUAUUUUUUUAUCUUUCUGCUCAUCUGCAGCCUCACAUCUUUCUGCUUUCACAGCAUUAUAUUGUAACAGAUUACUGGAACAGCCUAAUUCAUUUAUCUACCACUUGUUUCCUUGCACCCACACUAUUUGUUACGAGUAAUUUAGCAUAUUGUCAAUUCUUCAGGUAUGAAAAUAUCAGUUUUCUUCUCCUGAGGAUUUUCAGUGAAAGACAUACUUAAGCUCCCAUAAGAUUACGAACAAUCCUGAACAUUAGUCCUCUUGUUCAACAGCUUUGUUCAACAAUGUGAACCCUGAUGCCUGGGGAGAGAUAACAGGGAUGUACUCGUCAUUAUUUAAACUUUUUGUAUUGUGUUUCACUUUGUUCAUGCAUGAAAAAAACUUCUCAGUCACAACAGCAUA